AUGUAUAUCUCGAGUGCCAAGAUUGUGAAGCUCAAUGGUGAGAGGCUUGGAGGAGUUGAGUUUGGCAUCUCUCAGGCACUGCUCCAUCUGGAGAUGAACUCAGAUCUUAAGGAGCAAGGACAGGAACUCAACAUCAUGGCCAAGGAAAUUGAAGUUGGUGGUGGUCAGAAAACUAUCAUAAUUUUUAUGCCAGUUUCUCAGCUGAAAUCUUUCCAGAAAGUCCAAGUCUGGCUAGUUCGUGAAUUAGAGAAAAAGUUCAGUAGAAAGCACGUAGUCUUCAAUAUUCACAGAAGGAUUCUGCCAAAGCCAACGAAAAACAAGCAGAAGCGCCCCAGAAGCUGCACCUUGACAGCAGUGCAUGGCACCUUCCUUGAGGACUUGGUUUGCCCAAGUGAAAUUGUGGGUAAACUCUGUGUGAAACUGGAUGGUAAGCUCAUAAAGGUUUAUUUAGACAAAGAACAGCAGAACAAUGUGGAACACAAGAUUGAAACUUUUUCUGGUGUGUAUAAGAAGCUCACAGGCAAUGAUGUUAAUUUUGAAUUCCUAGAGUUUCAGUUGUAA